AUGCAAGGCGUCGAUGACCAACCUGCGGUGGCAUCUUUCCCACUGCCUGCGUCUCCCGCGCGCAACUCGACGGGCUACAACAACAUUUCAAUAGAUUCCGAACACUCGGAUGCAAAUUAUUGCGUUCCAGAAGACGCACUCGACUUUCCGUUAGUGCAAUGGGAGAAUAGCAGUACUCCUACCAGUCAUUCUGACAUAUCAUGCACUUCAUCCUCCCUCGUUCCUUUUCAAAAACUCCAGCUUGAUACAAAUCUAAAUGACACGACACUUCCGUACCCACGCUCUCGAACAAGCUCAAUGGGCUCACUUGGCUCGUCUUGCAAUGGAUCCGAAAGCCCUGGACGUCGAAAGCCUCCGACGCCCACGCAGCAAUUAGCCUCAGGCUUUUUAGGAAUGGAGACCGAAUCGACGUCACAAUUGUCACAAGAAUUUAUGAAUGCAUUGAGACUUCAAGAUUUCACACACGAGAAAGAACCACAAUUGUCAGUUCGACUUCGAGGUAGUCGAGUGGAAUUGGCUUCAGCUUCUGAAAAGCAUCAUGUGGAUUUUUUAGGACCUGCUGAAAAUAUCAAGAGAUUGUUUAAAUUACCAUACUCGCAAUCAAGAGUAUCACUGGCUGUACAUCGCGUUGGAAGCACAUUGGUCGUUGAUGGAGAAUUAAAUGAGAGUGACUUACCCAUAGGAUUUGAACAUCUUCAACAAGAUACAGUGCAAUUAGCUCAGCAAACAGAAGAGAUGACACAGACAUUACUGUAUGAAAAGUUUAUCUAUGAAAGCACAGUAACUCCAUUACCACCAAACGAAAUAAAGAAAGAUCAAGGAAGUGAUACGCAAAAGUUUGGAUCAUCAAGCUCACAGAAUGCAAGUUCACCUUCAUUCAUCCCCACUGAAACAAACUGGUUCACAUCAGCUCAACACACUCCGUCGUUUAAUAACGACUCACAAACAUUCCAGCGAAUUUUGAGAUGGAAGUUUAACGAUUUGAAAAUGAUUCUUGGCAGUCAAGUUCUUUUAUUUAGUAACCAAGAGCAUCCAGCAGUUUCGUUGAAACUUCACGAUAUGGACAAUGAGCUUUCUUUAUGUACUCUGCUCGACUACUACUUGGACAAUGUCAUUGCAAAUAUUCCAGAGCUUGCAAUUUGCAUGCAUUCAAAGGGACUUGUUCGAGGUUACAAGCUUGUGGAAACGGGAAAGAUUCCGUAUAUGUCUGGUACUGGUCGACCUUUAUUCGAUGUCCAAGAUGUGAGCUUAAAUGCAUCAAUGCUGCUUAAAUUUCUACAAGAAAAUUGCUCAAGACCAAAUGGUACGUACUGGCUUCAUCGGAAGGAAGGAGAAAGCUCUUUGCGUCUGUAUGAUGUGGAUAUGUUAUCCCAGGGAAGCCAGCUCAAGUGGAAAUACAUGAUGGCAAUGUUAUGUUAUCGAUUUGCAGCUCGAGCUUCGAGACUCAUUAAUUCAUUAGCGGCAGGAACACCGCAAUUACAGCAACAACUUCAUCAGCGACAGCGAGAAUUGUUACGAACAUGUAUGAGUUUGCUGGGUGAAAUAGCCGAAAAGGGUGGAACGGCACAUAGCUCAAUAUGUUCCUCAGUAAGUGAACAACUUGCAGAUACUUAUCUUCGUGAGUGCAGUCAAUUUCAUCCAUUGACUGCGACAGACUCGGUCGCUGCAGACUGGGAGGCAGCAAUUAAUUCACUCAAAAUGGCUAAAGAGUAUCUCCACGCAAGUAUCAAAUUGUUGGAAGAGUGUAUAUCACAAGAUAGUAUCUCCAUCUUAACGCACAGUGAGAGUUGUUUAUAUGAUGACACUGUGGUUGAUGGAGAUAGCGAGCUUGCGGAAGACGACGGAGAAGGUGAAGUAGGAGAUUUCAUGCAUGAAGAAUUAGACCGCCUUCGGCUAAAAUUUAGCUCUGCUUGUCUUGAGUUGGGGCAGCUUCAUGUUGGCAGUCGAAAGUGGUUGGAAGCAGUGGAUAAUAUCGUAGAGGCAAGUCAAUUUAUAACUUUAAGCUCAAUUCCAGAAGGCAUUCAGCCACUUGACUUGGCUUCGCCAGACCAGGAGGGUAUGGUGAAUUCUUUGCUUGACAAACUGGAUUUCGAUGGAGUGAGGCGUGGAGGGUCAUCUCGAAACACAGUGCCGUUUUGCAAAUCAAGUAGUGAGUUGCGAGGCUCGUUACUAAAUUUAAUCGGUGACAUGGCUGCUCAAAGACCUGUGGAUGUUUAUCAAGAGCUAAAUGUUCUUCAUGAGAUUAUUUCUGGUGUUAAACGAAAUCGUUUUUUCGAUUUGUGUAAUUCCACGCAGGACUUUUUGAAACUCGUUGAAAACGAAGAGAUGUCUUCUGACAGCAAAACAGUUUCGGAAAAAGAAGAAGCUCUUAUGGUGUUGUCGUUUUUCUCAUACCUACGUGCGUUGUCACCACCAGUAGACUCGGAGCUGUAUUUUUCGAUGAUGAAAAAGCUUGGUAAUGCAAGUAAUGAGCUCGGGAAAUAUCAUUUAGCGAUGAAACAAAACUACAUGGAAGCAUUUAGAUGGUUUGAACGUGGCUGCAAGAUCUUCAGCAACAUUGAAGAUGGAGUCAAUGUGGCAUUACUUCGAGCUAAUCUUGCGCAUCUUCACAAAAUUUUUGCCCAAGAUAAACCGACUCAUUUGCGAGAAGAUCAUUAUUGUACGGCCAUUCAGCUAUGCACUGAUGCUUUGCAGCUUUUAAAGCAAAGCAAAGCGGAUGGAAAUCUCUGCAAAAAUGUUAAAGGUGAACUUGCAUUGACCUAUUUGGUGUGGGCAGUACAUCUGGCAAAUUGUACGUUUACUGGAAUGAGCAAUGGACUCACAUCAACACCAAAGCGUGAAAACGAAACGCUUACACUCUUCAAUCAAGCACUUUCAUUGUAUUCUGAGCUUGGCGAUCAAAAGCAAAUCGCAUCGACUCACUACCAGAUUGCCUCCUUUUAUAGCCGCAUCAUCACAUCCACGUUGCGCGAUGAGAGUGAAAGUCCAAGUUGUGAGAAAUCGGAUGGUCCGUCGUCAUCGAUGGCGAAUCGCAUGGAAAUUGCUAGACGGCAUUACGAAAAGGCUCUGAGUUACUUCGGGUCCGUGGAGGUAGGGAAAAUAUUUGUACUAAUUCAUCAAGAGUUGGCGGAUUUGUAUCUCCUUGGUGGACGCGUCGAAGGUAUCGAGCACGCUUUAUUGAUCUUGCUAAGCACGUACGAAGCAUUUAAUCGUACUCAAUUUCGAAAUUUGACAAGUGAGAAGGAGGAAAUGGCUUCAUUGGCUUGUGAUAUUGUGGAAAAAGUUAAGUGUGUAUUGCAUCAAUUGAUUCGAUUGAGUACAAGUGGACGUACCAACGGUGAAACAAAGAGCAAAAAGCUCGAGAUGUUCAAAAAGAUGUACAAGGAGGUGAUUUAUUACGAUGGAAUUAGUGCAGAAAGUAUUCUUCCAAUUCUAGAUACCUUGCGUGGGUUGUAUACGGUGUGA